UCCCUCCCCCUCCUGGAAAUUUCUGUCUGGUCUUUUCAGCGGCUUUGUGUCUGAACCAAUGCAGUUGCGUGUUACUGCAGAGUAGGCUGUACCUGCACCGGCUGAGAGGUUCUGCAAACUGCACAGAAUGUCUGGGACGGAGUCUGGAAGCGGACCACCAGGACAGCCUUCGCCAUUCCCCAGUGCCCCCCCAAUGAUGCCCCCCCCUUUCAUGCCUCCCCCAGGAAUGCCGCCUCCUUUCCCUCGGAUAGGGAUCCCCCCGAUGGGUCAGCGCCCCCCGGCCAUGCCCCCAAUGCCCCUUGGCAUGAUGCCCCCUGGAAUGAUGCCCCCAAUGAGUGGACCCCCUCCCAUGGGACAGGUGGCGGGCAUGAUGCCCCCAAUGAUGCCAGGUAUGAUCAUGCCAGCUAUGCCAUCUGGGCCCGUCGCCACCCCCACACCGGCGUCUACAUCAGGAUCAGACUCUGUGACAGCAUCUCCGGCAACUCUGACCCCCAACCCUGCGGGUAGCACCUCCCAGCAGCCAGCGCCUGCAGGCAGCUCUCCAGUGCAGGAGCAAUCCAAGAAGAAGGCUCUCUGGACGGAGCACAAGGCCCCCGAUGGGAGAACGUAUUUUUACAACUCAGAAUCGAAGCAGUCUACCUGGGAGAAACCAGACGAGCUCAAGUCUAAAGCGGAGCUCCUGCUGUCUCAGUGCCCCUGGAAAGAGUACCGAUCGGACACGGGGAAGCCCUACUACUACAACUCACAGAGCAAGGAGUCUCGCUGGACCAAGCCCAAGGACCUGGAAGAGCUGGAAGGAAUGAUCAAGCAGGAGGAAGCAGCUGGGAAGUCCCCGGAGCUCUCGGCUGCAGACCCAGUUGUGGCCUCCGGGGGUGCUGUGGUGUCCGUCCAUUCGCUGGAACCCGAGCCCGCCCCCUCGGAGGAGGAGCAGCAGGAACCCCCGUCCUCGCUGCCGGGUGGAGAGGGGGGGAACGCUGCGCUAGAGGAGGGGGUGACAGCGGGGCAGCCCGAGGAACAGGCAGCCAGCGAGCCGAGGAGGGAGGAAGAGGAGAAGAGGGAGCCGGAGAAGAGGACCUACACCUGGAGCACCAAGGAGGAGGCCAAGCAGGCUUUCAAAGAGCUGCUGAAGGACAAGGGGAUACCCUCCAAUGCAUCCUGGGAACAGGCCAUGAAGAUGAUCAUCAACAACCCCAGAUACAGCGCCCUCCCGAAGCUGAGUGAGAAGAAGCAGGCCUUCAACGCGUACAAGGCCCAGCGGGAGAAGGAGGAGAAGGAGGAGGCGCGGCUCAGAGCCAAGGAGGCCAAGGAGAGGCUGCAGAGAUACCUGGAGCAACACGAACGCAUGACCUCCACCACGCGCUACAGGAAAGCAGAGCAGAUGUUUGGGGAGCUGGAGGUGUGGGCAGUGGUCCAGGAGCGAGAGCGCAAGGAGAUCUACGACGAUGUGCUCUUCUUCCUGGCCAGGAAAGAGAAGGAAGAGGCCAAGCACGUCCGCAAGAGGAACAUCCAGGAGCUGAAGAGCAUUCUGGACAGCAUGACCAGCGUGAGCUACCAGACCACCUGGUCAGAGGCACAGCAGAACCUCAUGGACAACCCCACCUUCGCAGGGGACCACGACUUGCAGAACAUGGACAAGGAGGACGCUCUGAUCUGCUUCGAGGAGCACGUCCGCGCGCUGGAGAAGGAGGAGGAGGAGGACAGGGAGAAGACCCGGCUCCGAGAACGGAGACAGCAACGCAAGAACCGAGAGUACUUCCAGGCUUCCCUGGAAGAGCUGCAUGAGACUGGGCAGCUGCACUCCAUGUCCACCUGGGUGGAGCUCUACCCCUCCGUCAGCAGCGACUUCCGAUUCGCCAGCCUGCUGGGACAGCCAGGCUCCACCCCCUUAGAUCUGUUUAAGUUUUACGUUGAGGAUCUGAAAGCCCGUUUCCAUGACGAGAAGAACAUUCUAAAAGACAUUCUGAAGGACAGGGAUUUCACAGUGGAGGUCAACACCACGUUUGAAGACUUUGCCCACGUCAUCAGCUUCGAUAAGAGAGCUGCCACGUUGGACGCUGGCAACAUUAAACUGACCUUCAACAGUCUGCUGGAGAAGGCAGAGGCGCGGGAGAGGGAGAGGGAGAAGGAGGAAGCACGGAAACUGCGCAGGAAGGAAGCGGCCUUCAAGAGCAUGCUGAAGCAGGCGGCGCCCCUCCUCGAGCCAGACUCCAGCUGGGAGGAGGUGCGGGAGCGCUUUCUCACUGACUCUGCCUUCGAUCAGAUAACUCUGGAGUCGGAGCGGAUCCGGCUCUUUAAAGAGUUCACCCAGGUGCUCGAGAACGAGUGCCAGCACCACCACUCCAAGAGUAAGAAGCACUCGAAAAAGUCAAAGAAACACCAUCGCAAGAGAUCCCAUUCCCGAUCGGGCUCGGAGUCUGAGGAUGACGAUCACCAGCACCGCUCCCAGAAGAAGAAGAAGCAGCGCAACCACUCCGAGUCCGGGUCCGAGCGCUCCUCCUCCCCGGAAUCAGAUCACAGCUCCAGGAAAUCCAAGAAGCAGAAGAAGAAGAGCAAAAAGAGAAGACGCAGAUCUGUGAGUCUCGCGCAGCCGGGAGUGUGUGUGGAGGGGAGCUGGCAGGGAAGUGACCAUGAGCUUCUGUUCCCACAGAACACUCCCCAAAAGGAGGGAGAGCCGGAGAAGGAGAAGAGCAGGAAGGACAAAGAGAACGACAAGGAGAGGGAGAGGGAGAGCGAGCGGGCCGAGGUGCGGCACAAAUCACCCAAACGCUCCGGCAAGAAGGAGAAGACAGGAUGGGACACCUCUGAGAGCGAGCUGAGCGAAGGAGAGCUGGAGAAGAGGAGACGGACCCUCCUGCAGCAGCUGGGCGAUGACCAGUGAUCAGACGAGGCUCCUACUCCAGGGAGCGUCCACAAACCUGGGCAGUGCUGGGGGGCUUCCAGUCCAGAGAAGAGCCCAUGUGAGGAACACUGCUGAGUUUGGACCCCCCCAUGUUUCUGGUACUCUCCACAAAUCAUGCAGGGUCGACCGAAGCAUUCGGACAACCCAGAAGCAACUGUCAUAUGUAGAUGGACUUAGCAGCCUACAAAAACAGCUUCAGACGAUUCUGCUGACAUUUCCCAGUUGCACACGUCUGCUUUCUCCACGGUGGGAAAGGAGGGUCUUGGAUAAAGGAGUUUAAAAGGGUCACGUUUACCAAAUCGGUGAGAUUUUCAGGGGUGCUGGAAUAUCUGGAAACGAGAGCCCUGCCUUCUGGAUUGAACACGACUCACUGGACUGUGAGGCAGCCGCUGAAGCUCUUCUGUCCGUUUAUCUUGUGCUGCACAGGGAUCGCUCAGUCAAGCUCAUUUUCCAUUGGGAUGGGAACAGGUUUGUUUUUGACAGUAAAACCAUUCUAAAAGAUCUGACACGUUUCCCAAUGAAGUAUGUGUGUUUUUGUUUUUUUAGCAAUAGAGCUGCAUCAUCAGUGGAUGAUUAUUAGAUUUUAAUAAUUUUAGAGCUGUUCAGUUUUAAAGCUCUGUUCAGGAAGGUUGUUACAUUACAUGGCCAUUGUUAAAUACUGCCUUCAGUGUAAUGCGGUUUUUUUUAGGGUGUGGAAAAAAGUGAGUAGGUUUUUGUUUUCAUUUUUAAAUUUGCGUUUUUGCUUCUCAAUCAGAACUUCCAGAAUAACCACCUCCUGCUGCAAGGUAAGCGAGCUUGUUAAAUCAACGACACUUCAGACCAGAAAUCAAGUUGUUGUUUGUUUUUUUUGGUAAUUUAUUAAGAAUAUGUACAGAAUAUAAGAUCUGGGGGCUAGAAGCCUCAAUCUGGUUUGGCAUAGUUUUACAAAAUAAAGUGUUACACAGGAAUGAAAAGGCUUUACUUUAUACAUUUACAACACAUAUAGAGGGGGAUGGAUAUAUCUUUAUCAUACAAUAUUAACUGGAUAGUGUAUAUUUUUUGCACCGAGACCCUUUCGUA